UAAUGAAUGCUGAGUUUGCUUGAUCAGCUUGAGUUGAGCUUGACAUUUUGUUUUGACAGACAUAUAGUAUAAAUGAAAUACAAUAAUAUACAGAUUUUGUGACACAAAGACGGAAUAAUAGAAGCAAAAACUAUCAAGUAAGAGUUCCAGUAAGCGGAAUGAAGUGGCAAAUUGAAGCUGGGUAGAAACAGGAGCAUGGGCGGUGGUGUGAGAAGCAGCGCGAGGCUGAGCGGCAGCGCGGCGCGGGCGGAGCAGCACACCGCUGCUCGCAGCGCGACGGCUGACGCUGCAGCACGCGCCGCUGCAGCUGCUCGCCGCGCCCGAGCCGCAGAGCGCGCUCGCGAGGUGGAGGACAGCCCCCGCGUACUCCGGGAGAAGUGUCGCCGCCUAGCCCGUGCCGUCAAGGAAGCUAAACACCUCGUGGUGUACACGGGCGCGGGCAUCAGCACGGCGGCCGACAUCCCAGACUACCGCGGCCCGCACGGCGUCUGGACGCGGCUGCAGCGCGGCGAGACCGUCGGACGGGUGGAGGUGGCGCGCGCGCAGCCGACCUUCACGCACAUGGCGCUGACGGCGCUCUGGGCCAGCGGCGUGCUCAAGUUCGUCGUGUCGCAGAACUGCGACGGGCUGCACUUGCGCGCGGGCCUGCCUCGGCGCGCGCUCGCCGAGCUGCACGGCGACAUGUUCGCCGAGCAGUGCGCGGCGUGCCGGCGCGUCUACCUGCGCACCUUCGACACCACGGAGCGCACGGCGCGCCACGCGCACGGCACGCGCCGCCUCUGUCACACGUGCGGCCGCGAGCUGCGCGACACCAUCGUGCACUUCGGCGAGCGGGGCCGCGCCGCCUGGCCGCUCAACUGGGCGGGCGCGCUGCGGCACGCCGCCGCCGCGGACGUCGUGCUCUGCCUCGGCUCGAGCCUCAAGGUGCUGCGCCGCUACCCGCGCCUGUGGCGCAUGCAGCGCGCGCCGCACGCCCGCCCCGCGCUCUACAUAGUCAACCUGCAGUGGACGCCCAAGGACGCCGUGGCCGCGCUCAAGAUCAACGCGCGCUGCGACGCGGUGAUGGCGGCGGUGGCGCGCCGGCUGCGCCUGCGCGUGCCGCGCUACAGCCCGCGCCGCGACCCGCUGCUGGCGCACGGCGUUCCCCUCGCGCCGCUCGAGGCGCACACGGCGCGCCGCGCUCCGCUCUCGCCGCCCGCACUCGACGCCGACUCCGACUCCGACGCGUGCUACUCGCUCGAGUCUGCCUCCUGUUCCUCGCCCUCGCCCUCGACGUCGGAGGCGGAGGCGGAGGGCGAGGAGUCGGACGACAGCGUGCCGCUGUGCCGGCUGGCGGAGCGGCUGCGCGCGACGCGCCGACAGGACCCUUCCGCGGAUCGGGAAACGCCCCAAUCGCCCGCUAGGAAAAAAUUCCUUGCGGAUAGUUUCCGUUCAUUCCAAGUGAGCAUGCGGUCGUGCGAGGCGACCAUUCUGCUGCGCGCCGAGCACGCGCCCCCCGACCUGCCGCCCCCCGAGCCGCCGCCCCCCGCACCCCCCGCACCCCGCAUUUCUCCGUCUCGAUCUACCGUUGCCGAUAUUCAUUGUCCUCCAUCUCUAACUUGUAUGACGAACGGCGCGUCUUCUCGCGAUACUUUCUUCGAAAUGCAUACAUCGGGUCGAGUGCCGGCGUCCUCCGCCUCCGCCACCGCCUCCAGUGCGGUGACCGGCGAGCUGCGCAGGUUCCGCAUGCAGCGGCUCUCCGGACCUUCGCCCGCGCCGCCCACUCGCCCGCCCGACUGGAACUUCGGUACGGUAGCGGAUUUCACCACGACCGUCAAGGAGGAAGACGACGCGAAGAGUUUCGCCAACGGAGGUUGGCCCUGCGGCUCCAAGCUGCGGCACCUGCUCGAGAUAAAACCUUUCGACGAGGACGAGAAGAAAGCGUUUCAUCUGCACGAGCGGCACGCUGCGGGUGCGGGGGGCGCGGCGGGCGCGGGGGGCGCGGACAGGAAGUGCAAGGUGCAGCUGCCGGCCGCGGACCGCUCGGACUGGAGCGAUAUUAAAAGUGAACCCGGCACUUGCAGCAGCUUACUGCCGCUCGCGGCCACCAGCGCCACCGGCUCGGCCUGCGCGGAGCGGCAGCGGCAGCGGGAGCGGGAGGAGAUGGGCGCGGCGGAGGCGGAGGCGGCGGCGUUCAUCCGGCGCGCGGUGCUCGUGUGCCGCGCCUCGCUCUACCCCGGCCUGCACACCAUCCUGGGCGGAGCGCGCGGGGGCCGCGGGGCGCGCGUGUGCGCGUGGUGCGCGCGGCGGUACGGCUCGCGCCGCUGUCUGUGGUACGGCGCGCCGCCGGACGCGAGCGCGCUGCGCACGGCGAGGCGCGUGCGCGGCCGCCGCUAUCUGUGCGCGUGCUGUCCGGAGCGCGCGCACUCGCCGCACGCGCCGCUGCCGGACGACGCGGGGUGGUACGGCAAGGGUUACCGCAAGGGCCGCCGCCGCCGCCGGUAGCUGAGUCGUCGCCGCGGCCUCGCUUCUCGCGACUUCCACAGAUGUGUUUCGUGGACGUGAAAACUGUGUUCCCGUCAUCUAAUGAAUACGGUGAAAAUCCGAAAAAGUAGCUCAACAAAAGUGGGUACAAGGUACAUGAUACGUGUUCUCGUGCGCGGCGAGGUGAUCAUUUCAAAUCGCGCGAAGAUGACGCGAGUACAUUUGUCACUUCCGGGCGUCUCCAUUACGCGGCGACGAGAGACAAUAAGUGAUAAAGUGCAAAAUGAUGGUAUUUGUCCAUGAACGAUCUCGAUAGCCACUGCCAGUGUUAGCUUAGUGAAUUACUUAGUACAACGGAUUAGAUUUUAAGUAUUUAUUUUGUAUAUGACGCGGGCCUCGUGCGCCCGAGACCGACUGUUAACUUCACACAAUCGUGUUAUUUAAGAAAAACGACAUCGAUCAUUGACUUGGAUAUAGAAAUAUGCACUUUAUUAUUAAAUUGUAAGAUUGUGAUUUCUAGAAGUCUCAAAAAGUGUACUAGUUACAUUGAGCGGUGUUGCCAGCCUGUGAGUGAGCCACUAUCAGUUAUCUGCGGCAGAUAUCGGGCACACUUCCUGCUCCGGUCACAUUGCGACGACUCUUACCUCUAAUGUUUCAACAUUAUUUUGUCGUCGCUAUAUAUGUUUGUUUGUAUGGUUUGGCCUAAUUUAUGAAUCUGUUGCCAUGAAGAUGUCGAGUGAUGAAUGUUUGAAUGGCGAUAUACAGAUGAUCCUCGAUGGAUGGAUAAAAAGUUUUGCUCGAUGCGUCCAAAACAAUUAGGUCAAUAAUUUAUUUUUAGGUUUUAUUUUAAUUUGUAGAAAAAUAAGUGUAAAAAAACAAUUGCACCAAGACAAAAUUGGAGAACGAAAUAACAUUUCAAGAACAAGUUAUCAUUGUAAUCACAAUAUUUUAGACGCACGGACGAUUUUCAGCCGAAAAUCUGAAAAACAAAAAGUAAAUCUUAGAUCAAUUAAAAUCACCGAACAUACUUUGGGCUUCAAUGAUGCUACUCAGGUCCUCUACCUCCACAAAGCUUUUGAUCCGUUCAUUAAGAAUCCCCUGUCCAAGUACAAUGUACGGCGCCUGAUGAGCCGGGGUCACGCGGUCGAAUUGAUUCUAAUGUAAAUAAACCAUUGAAACAUUGCGACUUGUUUUAUUUGAG